CAAAUCGGUGAAAAGUCAACAUGGGACUGUUAUGCGAAUAUGGGCUUUCAGCUUCCAGAAAUUACAUACCAUGUUGACACGAACUGCCCAUACGCUGUGAAUCCCAGACACAGGCCGUAAUUCAUAUAUCGGCAAAUUUUAUGUAUGAAGAUUGUAACAGGCGUCAUAAUUCUGGAUUCUACGAAAUAAAAUGAUAUGUAGUCCAAAAACACUAUGAAAAGGCCAAUGUCUGGCUUUCGAAGCGUUCGAAAAUUCGAUGCAAUACCAGCAUGGUAAUGUCCCUAAUAUAAUAUUGACCUAGUAGAUAGAUGUCGACAACCAUUAGUAUGAAGAAAUUACAAUUGUUACUUAUGACCAAUCAAGUAGGCUACGGUUGGUGAUACGUCACAUCAUACGAUGUCAACUCGCUUCAGCCGGAAGCAUGGUUCUUCUGUAUUUUAUAUUGUUUAUAGUUUUUUAUUUAAGUCCACGAGUUGAGUGUUUUCGGGCCCCAUACCAUAACAGCAGAAAACAAAUGGCCGAACAUCGUAAUGCUGACCGCUUCCGGGAUGAUAGUUACAUUUACAGUGCCGAUUAUUUAGAAAGCAAGGCAUCCGACUACGAAGAAGAUACUGAUUACGAUCGGAAUUCACGUGAGCAGAAACGGAGCGCUUCAGCAGGGCUCGGAGACAUCGUUGACCUGAGCAGCUUCAGCGAUGGAGAAGUUUCCAUGGCGUUAUCCAUGCUUACGGAACACGAGCUUGAUCAACUGGACCGGUUGAUAGAUGACGAUCAAGCAGAUAGGGAAAGUUUUAUGAUGAAACGUGAGACAAACAACGGCCACAAGAAGAAACGAGAAUGCCAAGGCGAGGCGUGCAAUGAGUCAGCGGAAAAAGAAGAAGCUCGAGUGGCAAGAGAUACGAAUCACGAGAAGGAUCAGCUUGCUUCGUUCCGAUCAUGGUUCACGAGGAACAAGACUACUAAAACAACCAGAAGGCCUACGAAGACAACUAUGAGAACUACAAGAAGACCUUCGGUUCGAACUACGAAAAGGACACCAGUAACUAAGCCAAUCAGAAGGACCACCACUGCUAGGUUCAAUAAGGGACGAUCGAAACAAAGGUAUUUGGGUGAUAAUAACAAUAUCCUACGUUAUGGAAGGAACAACGAUGCGAGGGAACUUAUAGAUUCAAAUGUUAAAGACAAGAUAGAUUCACUGACAAGUAAAAUUAAGAAACGAGCAGAUCAAACAAAUAUAGCGAAGCAAACCAACAAAAGAGCCACGCAUUUUUUUCCACUCCACACGGGAAUGAAUCGACACAAUCAGGAGGCGGUUGUUCGGCAGAAACGGAAUUCCUUUGCACCGGAAUCGGGCGGCACUUUGGAUGACUCAUUUCCCCACCCAAAUGAUAACACGGCUUCGUUUCACACCUCAAUGGAACCACUGGUACGCGUUAAGCGAGGCCCUUUUGGAGUAUAGCAUCUUUUGGUUUUUGUUGGCGUACUGCAUUCUAUUUUAUAUAUGUAUUUGUGUCUGCCAAUAAAAUAUCUAUAUACA